AUGCCUGGCCUCAAGUUCCGCCCAUCCUCAAAACCCUCAUUCAUUGUGAAAUUCUGGGCCGCAAUUGGUAUUUCGAACCAACCCGAACUUCAACGAGCAGUCACUGAGUACGUUAGAAAGAUCUACGCUCCAAUUCUUAACGAGUAUCUCACUACGGGUCGACCGAUUGACGACAUGUUCAAACGUAACCACGCCAUCAGGGAGAGAUUGAGAAGGGAUCUUCGGAACAGGUUGGAUGAGCUGCCUGAAUUCGUCCAGGAUAGGCAUUAUAAGACGCACAAGAAGCUAACUGAGAUUUUGAUUGAUCUUGUUAGAUUUUACAGAUUUCAGAAAGAUGGAUGGAAGAGACAUAUGGAAGUCGACGAUGUCGCCGCUACUAGCUCCGCUGCUGGUCCUGCCCCUAUCCCAGCUCCUGCUCCUGCUCACGCACCAGCUUCAGCUUCAGCUGCAGCUCCUACUCCUGCUCCCGCACUAGCUCCUACUCAUGCAAUGGCUCCAGCUCUAGCUCAUCUCCCAGCUGCUGCUUCAGCACCGGCUCCUACCUAUGCACCGGCCACCACCCCUAUCACCGUCCCAGCUACUGUCCCAGCUCAGGCUUGCACUGCCAGUACGACCAGCACCUCUCCAGUUCCGGCUCCAGCUCCAGCCCCUUCUUCAGGUCAUGUCCCCACCAUCGCGGACCUGCUAAUGUUAUACGUCGACCCCGACUUCUCUUCAACCCGCGCACAAAUCGAAGACAGCCCCGACUACAUUGAGUUUGGAAACGUCCACAAAUUCCAAUUGGGGAAUGCGGCUGAGCAGGCUACUACGCCGGCAGACGAGGAAAUUAUCACUCCGGAGUUGAACGAAGAUCUCCAGACGUUCGAGGCUGGGCUUGAGACUUUCUACGUGGAUUAUGAAGAGUAUGAGGGUGAGGAUGUGCUUUAG